AGUCCUUGCAAGUCUGAGAACUCCAGCGAGACGCGCGCUGCACGUGGAGAGGAGCGUGUACUCCGAGACCCUCCCUCGCGACCCGCAUGUUCGAGGAGCCUGAGUGGGCCGAGGCGGCCCCAGUAGCCGUGGGCGUCGAGCUCUUGACCUCACGGCCUCGGCCGACAGCAGCCCCGCAAGUCAAGGGCCGCAAGCGCCGCCAGCUCUUGGCCACAUUACGGGCCCUAGAAGCAGCAUGUCUUUCCCAACAACUCCCCAGCCUACCUGGCAGUGACUCUGAAGAGGAGGAGGAAGUAGAAAAAAAGAAGAAACGCCCCUCAAAAGUCACAUUUUCCAGUGCCUCUGCUGAAGUCAGGGAGAAAUGGAAGAAGAAAAGUCAAAAACAGGGUCCAUCUCACAGUGACUCCGAGGACAAGGAAGGGGAAAGAAAGAAAUACUGCAAACAAGCUCUUCUUGGCAGUGACUAUGCUGAAGAUGAGAAAAGAAAGAGGAAAUGCCAGAAAAAGGCUCCUCCAAACCCAACCCAGCACUUGGACCAUGCUGACCAAGCAGGUCAUGAAGCCUGGAAGAACAGUGGUACAAAUGAUCCACCCAAGCCAAGCCCAGGGUCCACUUCCCCUACAACUCCCCAUACCUUAAGUCGCAAGCAAUGGCGGAACCGGCAGAAGAACAAGCGGAGACACAAGAACAAAUUUCGGCCACCUCAUACCUCAGACCAGGUUCCUGUAGAGACCAAAACAGAGGAGACAGAGAUGCCUCCUGCCCUGAGGUCAGACAGCCAUGAGGCUCGUGCUGGGGCCCUGCGAGCCCGCAUGACACAGCGGCUAGAUGGAGCCCGAUUUCGCUACCUCAAUGAACAGCUGUACUCAGGGACCAGCAGCGCUGCACAACGCCUCUUUCAGGAAGACCCUGAAGCUUUUCUCCUCUAUCAUCAGGGCUUCCAGAAGCAAAUGAAGAAGUGGCCACUGCAGCCAGUAGACCAAAUUGCCAGGGAUCUUCGCCGGAGGCCCGCAUCUUUGGUGGUGGCUGACUUUGGCUGUGGGGAUUGCCGCCUAGCUUCAAGUAUUCGGAAUCCUGUACACUGCUUUGACUUGGCCUCUCUGGAUCCCAGGGUCACUGUAUGUGACAUGGCCCAGGUGCCUCUGGAAGAUAAGUCUGUGGAUGUGGCUGUGUUUUGCCUUUCUCUGAUGGGGACCAAUAUCAGGGACUUCCUACAGGAGGCAAAUCGAGUACUCAAGCCAGGGGGUCUCCUGAAGUUGGCUGAGGUCAGUAGCCGUUUUGGGGAUGUUCGGACCUUUCUGAGGGCUGUGACCAAGCUGGGCUUCAAGGUCAUCUCCAAGGACUUGACCAACAGUCACUUCUUCUUGUUUGAUUUUGAAAAGACUGGGCCUCCACAGAUAGGGCCCAAGGCUCAGCUCUCAGGCCUGAAACUUCAUCCAUGUCUCUACAAGCGCAGGUGACCUCUGGAGACCCUCUGAAAGGAGAGGCAGUGCUCAGACUCCAGGCUCAGAACUCUGAAGACUGUAUCCAGCCAGGCUGUUAGCCAGGACUUGGUACUACCGUCGCUCUGUCCUAAGAACAAAGUGUGAUAAAAUCUCUGGCUCAGCUCUGCUCUAAUGAAGUCUUCUUGGUUACAAGAAGCACAAAGUCACUUGGGCAAGUUAAAGAAUAAGGAGUACAUUGUGAGAAGACAGGCAUAUCUGGGCAUCAUGGAUCACCUUAGGUGUCAUGAAAUCUGGAUGAUUUGGAAUUAAAGGAUCUCUGGGUUUAGCUCUACUUUCCAUCUCAGAAGGCAAAUGUACUUUUUGUCCUGGCCCCUCCACUGUGCUCUCUUCUGACCUAUACUGACCAGCCUGUGCUCAUUUAUAGAUUCUGUUCCUUCAGCUUCAGUUUGUUUAAGCUUUUCAGACUAUAGUCAGGCAGCUCUUGCUUUCUGGCAGUUCCAAUCCUGGCCUGCCACUUAGACAUAGGAGUCAUUUAAUUUUUGAAUAUCCCAUUCCACAGUUGGAAAAUGGUAAAAUUCUAAUCUUAUAGCAUUGUUCUGUGGGUUAAUUGAAGAAAAAUAUAGCCAGGGUUGGCAACAUAAGAAGUGAUGAAUAAAAAGUUGUGGCUGGUAUGUGUUCUAAACUUUAUUGUCCUUUGAAGACUGUCCCUGGAUCAGGUUGAAGUUUGAAGGGAAAAGUAGAUUGAGAGAAACUCUAGGAGAGUUCUGAAUAGGCCUUUCAACAGGCUUAUUUCAUGAGACAGAGCUAUCCUUGAAGGGAGGUAGUGAGUGAGCUGGGUUGCUGUUCAUAAACUACAACUGGUUGCUGCCAUGUUGGGGUGGGAGAUUGGCCGCUCAUUGGCAUAAGGGUCUGUCUGUUGUUUCUGCCUUGCAGUAGGCCUAGAUCAGCAUGUCUUGGGAAAGCUAUAGGCAAGGAAGAUGAGCUAGGAUGGCACAUACUAGGUCUUGUUUAGAAAGUAUCUGCCAUGGACGCAGUUGUAAAGAUACAGCCUCUUCUACCUAUUCACAAGAACAAGACCUGAGAAAACACACUAAAAGACAUAGGUUCGGGAGCCCUCAGCCAGUUGGAUGUUUCCAAAAAGGAGGUUUUGAAAUAGGCUGUAGGUCAGAGAGCAUGUUGGGAGACUGGGCCGUGAGCCAUUCAGCUAUGCAUUGCCUUUGCAUGUGCUGUUUCUUGCUAUUGAAUAAUUGUCUGACUAGCAAAGUUUAUCUUCCCAAACAGCUGAGUUGUUUUGUAUUCCCUCAUUGCCAAAGCAGAAUUAGUUCUUCAUAUUCUGUGUUCUCAAAGUACUAUGUAAAAGUGCUCUUUUCACUUGUAAAUACUAUGUUGUGCAAUAGACUGCAGAAUUCUUGAGCCUUAUUUUAUCUCUAUUACCUAAGCUUAUCAUCAGUGCACUUGUUUACCUUGGGAGGGCUAAGGAAUAACAAGGUCCACUUGAGUGGAAUUGAUAAGAGUAAGAGUGUUGCAGAAACCUAGGUUUGGGGGCAUAAGAUGAAGGUGCUGUGGACUAGUAAUGGAAGCAAGCAGUCAGGAGAAUUUCAUCAGGUGGGAUAUUGAGAGUAGUUAAGAGAAAGGAAUCAGUCCCAGGUUUCUGGCUUGAAAUACUGGAUGGGUUGGUAAUGCUACUCAGAAUGUUGGAUUUUUAGGUGCUUGUUAGAUGAUCGUUUGGACAAGCUGGGGGCAAUGGCACACAUCUAUAGUCCCAGCUCCCGACAGGCUGAGGUAGGAAAUCAUUUGAGCCCCAGAAUUCAAGACCUGUUUGGACAAUAUUGUGAGA